UGUGUUUAUAAGAUUUAAUUAAAUAAUUUUCUCCAUGCUUAUCGGUGUUUACGGAAAUACACUUUGUACACAACAAUUAUCUUUACUUUUUGGAUGGUCAAUUUUAAAUAAUCCGAUAGAGUAUUUACGUGGAUAUUCGAGAAGAAACAGAGCACUUGGUGGUGAGAGACAUAACUCAGCUGAUCUUGAUUUUGAUUUCAUAGAUGAUGAUGAUGAUGAUGGUGAUCUUGGAAAUAGUAAUCCCACUUGUGAUAAUUUCGACGAUAAUCUCAGCGAUGAAAAUUAUUACCCACAUGACGAUCCAGGUGAUGAUGAUCCAGAUAAUGACGAUGAUCCGGAAGGUGAUGAUGGACAAGAAGAUGAGGAUGAUUCAGGAAAUGAUGAUCAAGAUGAUGAUGAUGAUUUGGACGUUAAUUCUGACGGAGAUAUUGAGAAUGACAUGCCCAAUUUUGUUGACGAUGUUCCUGAUAAUCCACAGAAGGAAGUACUUGGGAAACUACUUACGCAAAGUAAACUCUAUAAUAUUUGAAGAAGCCGGUUUUCGUCUUACAGACCCCAUUUCAAUUGAGGAUACUAUUAAUAACAUCGAUUGUACUCAAGGAUUGAACACUAUUAACAAUCAAAAUAAAUAUUUUGAAAAAAAAUUUGGAGUUGUGCAACCAUACAGAGUAAAAUUAAGCAGAAAUUUUGCACCUUUUCUUAGCGCUACUAAUGAAGGAGGUCAGAAAUUGAAAUUAAAAAUUUACGAGUUCAUACAUAUUCCUAUAGGAAGUGUUGUAAAACAGUGGAUGUCAAACGAAACUUUAAAUAAUAUUCUUUGCUUAAGAAAAAAAUGCACAGAUGAUGUGUUAGUAUCCUAUGCAGAUGGUCGUCAAUGUUUGGAACAUCCUUAUCGAUUAAAACAUCCUAAAUCAUUGCUUUUAAAAUUAUAUUAUGACGAGGUAGACAUGUGCGAUGUUGCAGGUUCGAAAUCCAGUGGAGAACAAAAAUUUGGCAUGUUUUAUUGGAUGUUCGAAGAUAUGUCUCCAGCUUUUAGUUCUCUCACUAAAUAUUAGAGGUGUGCAAAAAGCUCGAAUAGCAUGGUCGAGCUCGAGCCGGUCUCGAUACUCGAGCCAGGCUCGAGUUUUAGUUACUCAAAAAUGUUUGAGUGCUCGAAAUUAUUUUAGGUUUAAUACUGCACGUGUCGGAUGGAAUUUGGUUCAAGUUUGGAUUGAUUCUGCUCAGCUCUGCUAGAAAAACGAAAAGCUUGAAAUACUCGAUCGAGCUUUUUGCACAACUCUACUAAAUAUAUUAAUUUAACUGCAAUCGUUCGAAAUUCUACUGUUAAAAAGUAUGG